AUUUAAAUUUUAUGUAUGGGAGAUGGUUUUCUCUUCUUGUAAAGAAGGUCAUGUUGACUGAGUGUAAUCCUAUAUCUACUUUAUGAUCGCUUCAAGUUAGUUCAAAGUUUAUCAGUGAUUGUUUCUAGAUGCGCAUGUACAAGUUCAUAACACCAAAAAUUACCCUCAUGCGUUCUAAGUUUUCUAACGUAAGUACUGUAUAUAUAUUGAUCAAAGACAAAGUUCUGUAUAUAUAAAAUAAUAAUAUAAUAUGGAAAAUCGUGUAACUAGACAUAGAGGCAAUCAAGUAAUUCACGAGAUACCAAAAGGAUUUUUGUCCGUAUGUAUCACAUUUUGUAGCGAUGAAGAGAUCAUCAGACUAUAAAGUAGACAUGUGAGAGGCGAGAGGAUUCUAUAAACACUUAAGAAAAUCAGAUCUCUAAUUCCUCUACAUAUCUUACUCUCUCUAUAUAUAGAAAAGAAACCGAAGAGGGGAAGAAGCAAGCAUUGAAGAAUAUGGUUUCGAAGGAAUACAAGAGAGAUUCCUCUCUGCGUGAGAAGUUUCAAUUGCUUCGCUCAAUCACUAACUCACAUGCUGAGAGCGAAACAUCGAUCAUAGAGGAUGCAUCAAAAUAUAUCAAAAAGCUUAAGCAUAAAGUAGAAAAAAUCAACAAUGAGACCACGUCUGAGCAAUAUUUCUGUGAUCCUACCGAUCCUAUGGUUACAGUGGAAACCCUAGAGAAGGGAUUCAUGAUAAAGGUAAUGUCAAGUAAGAAUGAGCCAGGCAUGUUGGUUUGUGUUCUUGAAGUCUUUGAAGAUCUUGGUCUUGAGGUUGUUGAAGCUAGGGUUUCAUGUAAGGACUCAUUUAGCUUGCAUGCCAUUGGAAUAUCAAAUAAUGAUGAUUGUGAAAGCAUGGAUGGUGAAGUAGUGAAACAGGCAGUUGCAGUAGCAGUCAGUACCUGGAGUGAUAGCCAGGAUCCAAAAGGGUAAAGAUGGAUCAAGUAUUCAUGAUUCUCUCUCUCUCUCUAUAUAUAUAUGUAUAAAUUUGUUUGACCUAAAAAGGGUUCUUUAGUUAGACAUAUGAUCAAGGAAAAGUCAAUUAUAUGUCUCUUAUCUACUUAAUAAAAUGUCAAGUAAAUUUCUUUGGGA